AUGGCACCACAACCUCAACCCGUUCCAUGCCAGUACCGGACUGGAAAGACUCUCGGUAGUGGCACAUAUGCCGUGGUUAAGGAAGCGGUUCACGUAAAGACUGGAAAAUACUAUGCAUGCAAGGUGAUCAGCAAGAAAUUGAUGGAGGGACGUGAACAUAUGGUUCGAAAUGAGAUCGCUGUCCUCAAAAAGGUUUCAAGUGGACAUCGCAAUAUCGUGACAUUGUACGAUUAUUUUGAGACUGCCCACAACCUCUACCUUUGCUUCGAUUUAUGCACGGGAGGCGAGUUGUUCGACCGUAUCUGCGCCAAAGGCCAAUACUAUGAACUUGAUGCCGCCGAACUUUAUAUUCACGACGCGGGGAUCGUACACCGGGACCUCAAGCCCGAGAACCUCCUCUUCCGUACCAAGGCCGAGGAUGCAGAUAUUAUGAUCGCAGACUUCGGGCUGAGUCGUGUCAUGGACGAGAAGAAACAUGCGUUGUUAACUGAGAUAUGCGGCACUCCAGGAUACAUGGCUCCAGAAAUAUUCAAGAAGAUCGGCCAUGGAAAACCGGUUGACAUAUGGGCCAUGGGGGUCAUUACCUAUUUCUUGCUUUGUGGUUAUACACCAUUCGAUCGUGACAACCAACAGCAGGAAAUCAACGCGAUAAUCGCUGGUGACUACAAAUUCGAACCAGAACAAUACUGGGAGGGUGUCUCCGAGACGGCUCGAGAUUUUGUUCGGACAUGUCUUACUAUCGAUCCAACAAGGCGUCCUACAGCGAAGGAGGCCCUCCUGCACCCUUGGCUGUCUUCUACAACACCCCACUUCGUACCAGAUCCUCAGAGCGUCGCUGGGACACCCACCGAUCUGCUUCCUCAGAUCAAGAAAGCGUUCGAUGCCAGAAAGACUUUCCGGAAAGCCGUCUUUAGCAUGAUGGCGGUUCGAAGGAUGUCCGCCACGGCGGCUCAGACCAAUCAGCUUGCGAAUGAGCUCGCAGCCUAUAAACUUUCGGCAGAGGCGGAACAAACGCAUGCGGAUUCCGAAGUCAUUUUCCACCACAUGACGCAUGGUGACGAGAAAGACCAGCCACCGCCUGACAGCCCUCCGAAAAAAGGAGAGAUCUCCCCUUCCAUAGAGACCGGCUCAGCGUCCCUGAGCGCAACUGCCAAUGGACCCACGAAGUGA